AGCUGAAAUACAGUUCUUAUUAUACCUUCUUGUUCGUCUUCACCGGGAAAUUUGAUUCAACAAAAUCUGCGAUUGCUCGAAGAUGGCGGCUACAUGGCAACCGGUAGAGGAAGGGUUCAAGGAGAUCUGUGGAUUGUUGGAGCAACAGAUGUCGCCUACUUCCGACAAGUCUCAGAUUUGGCAGCAGCUGCAGCAUUACUCUCUGAUCCCCGACUUCAAUAAUUACCUUGCUUUCAUAUUUGCCCGUGCCGAGGGGAAGUCGGUGGAUAUUCGGCAAGCAGCUGGGUUGCUUUUGAAGAAUAACCUUAGAGGUGUGUUUAAGACCAUGCCACAGGGGAACCAGCAAUAUAUAAAAUCCGAGUUGUUACCUUGUCUAGGAUCUUCUGAUAGGCACAUUAGGUCUACAGCCGGGACCAUCGUUAGUGCUAUUGUUCAGCUUGAUGGAGUAGGUAGUUGGCUGGAGUUAAUGCACACUCUUGUAAAAUACUUGGAUAGCAAUGAUGCUAAUCUAAUGGAAGGCGCAAUGGAUGCGUUGUCUAAGAUAUGCGAGGAUGUUCCCCAAUUCUUGGAUUCUGAUGUAUCUGGAUUGUCAGAGAGACCCGUUAAUGUUUUCAUACCAAGGUUUCUCCAGCUUUUUCAUUCACCACAUGCUACAUUAAAGAAGCUUGCAUUGGGUUGUGUCUAUCAAUUUGUUAUGCUGAUGCCUAAGGUUCUUCAUGUGAAUAUGGACAAGUAUUUGCAAGGUUUGUUUCUUCUUGCGAAUGAUUCAGCUGCAGAAGUCCGGAAGUUGGUAUGUGCAGCUUUCGUCCAGUUAGUUGAAGUUCACCCAGCUUUCUUGCAGACACACAUGAGGAAUCUUAUUGAAUAUAUUCUUAAAGUCAACGAGGACGGUGAUGAUGAAGUGGCUCUUGAAGCUUGUGAAUUUUGGUCAGCAUAUGCUGAUGCUCAGCUGCCUCCAGAAAAUUUGAGGGAAUAUUUGCCACGUCUAAUUCCUGUUUUGCUUUCUAACAUGGUUUAUGCGGAUGACGAUGAAUCACUUGUGGAGGCCGAUGAAGACGAUUCACUCCCAGAUGAAGAUAAGGACAUAAAACCUCGCUUUCAUUCGUCAAGGUUCCAUGGAUCAGAAGAUGCUGAUGAUGAUGAUGACACCGUGAACGUAUGGAAUUUGAGGAAGUGCAGUGCAGCUGCUCUAGAUGUUCUCUCAAAUGUCUUUGGUGAUGGGAUUCUUUCUAGUCUGAUGCCCAUUGUUCAGACUAAACUAUCUACUACAGAUGAUGCAUCUUGGAAAGAAAGGGAAGCAGCCGUCUUAGCUCUUGGCGCUGUUGCUGAGGGCUGCAUUAAUGGACUUUAUCCACAUUUGUCUGAGAUCAUUGGCUUUCUUAUUAUUCUUAUAGAUGACAAAUUUCCAUUGAUACGAAGUAUUUCUUGUUGGACGUUAUCACGCUUUAGCAAAUAUGUUGUUCAGAGUAAUAAUCAUCAACAAGGACACGAACAAUUUAAUAAAGUUCUUAUGGGUCUUCUACGACGAAUGCUGGAUGAUAACAAACGAGUGCAAAAAGCUGCUUGUUCUGCUUUUGCCACACUUGAAGAGGUUUCCAUCAAGAUAAUUGUUCAUACCUUAAUAUCAUUUAUUUGUAUAUACAUGUUCUUUGACUGUUUUGGUGUAAUAUAGGAGGCUGCUGAAGAUUUGGUACCUUGCUUAGAGACUAUUUUGCAGCACUUAAUGUGUGCCUUUGGAAAGUAUCAGGUUGUUUUUACACCAUAUGUUCACAACUCAAGUAUAUUCUUCAAACUUUUCUUACUUCUGUUUUAUGCAGAGACGGAAUCUUCGAAUUGUGUAUGACGCCAUUGGAACACUUGCAGAGGCUGUUGGAGGAGAAUUG